UGCAGUUACGGCCUCGGGUAGGUGGUGGUUGUUGGGCCAGUUGCAGUGGUAUGAGCAUGUGAAGUACGGAGUAUGAGUUAUAUCUGCACUGGACAACUGGUAACGGAUAAAACCGUUCUUUGGAAGGCGUUACCGCAUCAUCAUCAUCAAUGGCUGAGGAAACCUGAGACCAUGAGAUGCCUUGUAUACCGAAUCUUCCUUCCCCUUUCAUCCAUCCCUCUUCUUCAUAUCCCAAAUUCCCAGCCUCUCGCAGCUUCUCCUCUUCGUCUAUCGGGUUUGAAAUCUCAGGCCGGGUCCAGUUGGGUUGGGUCGAGGGGAAUGGAGAAGAAAGUAGAUAGCAUUCAACAUGGCCCUGAUUGUAUCUCGUACCUGAGGCAGCAAGAAGCUGCGGAAAUAGAUGAAUUGCUCAUGGGUCCUUUUGGCUUCAGUGUUGAUCAGCUUAUGGAAUUGGCUGGUCUUAGUGUUGCCAAUGCAGUUGAGGAGGUCUAUAAACCCAGUGAAUACAGUAGAGUCCUUGCUAUUUGUGGUCCAGGGAAUAAUGGUGGUGAUGGCCUUGUAGCGGCUCGCCAUCUUCAUCACUUUGGUUACAAGCCAAUUAUAUGUUACCCUAAGCGCACUGCCAAGGCUCUUUAUAGUGGUUUAGUGACUCAGCUUGAGACGCUCUCAAUUUCAUUCUUGUCUGUGGAAGAUCUUCCAAAGGACUUGUCACAGAACUUUGAUAUUAUUCUAGAUGCUAUGUUUGGAUUCUCCUUCCAUGGUGUCCCAAGAGCACCUUUUGACGAUCUAAUUCGGAGGCUUGUAGCAUUACAAAGUAAUGAGCCAAGUCAUAAGAAGUCACCGGCUAUUGUGUCUAUUGAUAUUCCAUCUGGGUGGCAUGUUGAACAAGGAGAUCUUAGUAAUGAAGGCAUUAAACCCGACAUGCUUGUUUCUUUAACUGCUCCUAAGUUGUGCGCCAAACACUACUGUGGCCCACACCACUUUCUUGGUGGAAGAUUUGUUCCACCAUCAGUUAUUGACAAAUUUAAACUCCUUUUGCCCUCAUAUCCUGGAACAUCAUUGUGUCUUCGUAUUGGAAAGCCCCCAAAAAUUGACAUAUCAUCUCUAAGGGAGAAUUACAUAUCCCCCGAGCUGCUUGAGGAGCAGGUUGAGUUAGACCCCUUUGAUCAGUUCGAAAAGUGGUUUGAUGAUGCGUUGGCAGCUGGACUGAAGGAACCAAAUGCUAUGGCAUUGUCCACAACUGGAAAAGACGGGAAACCUUCUUCAAGAAUCGUAUUGCUAAAGGGAGUUGGCAAACAUGGUUUUGUGUGGUACACCAAUUAUGAAAGUCGCAAAGCUCGGGAAAUUUCUCAAAACCCUCACGCUGCCCUGCUUUUUUACUGGGAUGGUUUAAACCGCCAGGUAAGAAUAGAAGGAUCUGUACAAAAAGUAUCUGAUGAGGAAUCUGAAGAAUACUUCCAUAGCCGUCCACGGGGAAGUCAGAUUGGAGCCAUAGCUAGCAAUCAGAGCACAGUAAUUCCGGGACGCGAUGUUCUCUACCAUGCGUACAGAGAAUUGGAGAUGAAGUACUGUGAAAGAACGGCGAUCAUUCCUAAACCAACGAACUGGGGAGGGUACCGACUCAACCCUAAAUCGUUUGAAUUUUGGCAAGGACAACAAUCUCGUUUGCAUGAUAGGUUGCGUUAUUCUCUAGAAGAAAUGGGUGGAAAGAUAGAUUGGAAAAUUGAGCGUCUGGCACCCUGACUGAUGAUGCUUUCUCCACUAUGAUCGCAUUGUAUCUCACUCCUCGCGCCCAACUCUCCUAUGUUGCCCAAUCACUCCGUAAUGUAUCACUUCAUUCACCUUAUUAUUCUAAGUUCAAUGUGUUCGGAAAAGAUUGAUUAUGAAGAACGAUAGAUAUGAGUUGUACAUUGAAAUGAAUGUGUCUAAACAAGAGGUGAUUUUUUCCCUUUGUGAUCAAGGGUUGUUGCUUGGUUUUUCAAUACAAUACAUUAGUUCCUAUGUUGCUUGAGUGUGAUUAAGGAAACCUUAUGUUACUAUUAUUAUUAGGAAAAAAUACGUGACUAUUAGUAAAACUUAUUGAAUUUCCC